UUGUUGUUGUUGUGACCGACAAACAGUCAAUCGUUUAUUUAUUUAUAUUUGUACUCCGAAAUAAACUGAAGGUUGUUUAAUUUCUCUUUGGCGAUGGCGAGUUUGGAUGAAAAGUGGGAAGCUGUGGACAACUUUAAGUCUGUUGUGGUAGAUCGUGAAAGGGACGUUUAUUUUGUGACAGAAGAACUGUAUUAUCUUCAUAAAGGCCGAAAGCAACUCAGGGGUGUAACAAGUAGUUGCGACUAUCGCUUGACCAUACCAUUUGCCCCCCAUCUCUUUGGCUCGGGCAAAACGACCUUUGCCCGAACCUAUUUGGAGUUGGUGCAAAGGUUUGGUGAAACUUUUCUGUCGAAAUUUGCUUCGGACCCUUCGAGGAGAACCUUUUUGGAGAAAUUAAAAAGGGCUUCACUGUUGUACGUCGAUUUAAGGGAGUUGGAACCCACAGAACCGAAAGAACGCAACCUAGAGUGGGCAGUCUACUAUUUGUUAAUCAAGGCCGCUUGUUUGCAAUCAGGUCUUCCGCAACCAGGCCCGGACGAAUGUUUCAAGGAACUGAAACUUAGGAGUGAUGCUUUGGUUCAGAAAAUCCGUUCAAUCUUAAACACUCCUUCCGAUCAAUAUCUUUGGUGGCAUUUGAUGAAAGUUCGACCUUACAAUGACUUUUUCGGCAUCAUUAGUCAAUUGUGCGAAGAACCCGACUUGUUUUUUAUAGUUGUUGGGAAAAGCAAGGGUUUAAGUAUUAAGAAUGAUGUGGCUUUUGGGCUAUCGAGAGUUAUACUACAUUUUAUCCCUUUAUCACCUUUGGACGCUUCCAGUAUCGUUGAAUUCCUUGAAAAAAGUCUUCUAAAGACACCUACUCAAGAACCAGUUUGUAAUGUCUUAUGUAGUUCUUCAUUUUCAGUAAAUGAAUUGGCAGACUCAUUAUUGGAAUGUACAGGUGGAGUUCCUGGUUUGUUGACUCGUGCAGUAAAUAUGCUUUUGAAUUAUAUAAUAGCAAGAAAUCAGCCUUUCAUAUCGAAAGAAGAAUGUUUGACGUGUAUGAACGACUACGAUUUCCGAAUAAUUUGCACUGAACCAUUUGUGGAACAAAUAUUGAAUUUGGACGAAGAUAGAAAAAGUGUUUUUGAUAUACUUUUGAUGAUGGCACUUUAUCGUAUACCGUUUCAAGUAGAUGAUAGAUUGACCUCGGAGUCCUUUUUAUAUGAUGUCGUAACUGAAAUGGGACUAUAUCGAUAUCCUAUUGACCAGAAUACUUUUCAAGUCCUUAUUCCAAAAGUAUUUGUUGUAAUCUUCAAGAAGCUAUCGUCUAUUUCCACUAUGGAAAAGAUACUUCUUGGAUCACUUGAUGUCGAACCAGUAGAUUGUUUCUUCUAUUCAAAGUGUCGUGUGUUUGAAGGAAUUGUUGCUUUACGACUAGUUUUGAUGUUGUCUUCAAAGAAUCGAAAUGAGUUGAGGGAGUUGUUGUGUCAAUUGUCUCCAAUAUGGAAACAAAUGAAACUUCCAAUGAGUACAACAUCACCUAUUCACUAUAUCAAGUCUGUUGUUAGUUCUAGAGAAACAAGAAGUGAAUCGAACAAGAGUCGAAGAACUUUUGCCAGUACUGAAUGGAAUAAGAUUAUUCGAGAGACACUUUAUUUAGAGACUAUUUACAUUCCUUUGGACGCUACUUCUCAUAGUCCUGAUAUUAUAUUCCAAUUACAAUCUCCUGUGGAACCCAAAGUUCUUACUGUUGGAGUUGCAUGUAAAGGACGUUGGAAGUCGGAAGGAAUUGGCUGGUCAGAUAUUAUAGAUGAAGCCAAGAAAUUUUUAGAUCCUGUUUAUGAUCAAGUCUUAUCCAGUGCAAUGGAUUAUCAUCAUUGUAUGCUUAUUAUUGUUAGUACAAAGUUAUCAUUGAAUGUUUCUAAUGAGUUGG